CGAGUUGCAAACGCUAGCGCUGCGGGCUCUAUUGAAAGAGAAAAAAAAGGAAAUACAUUUUGAAACUUGCUUGGUCUAUGACAAAACAAACGCAUUUUCUUUGCAACGCAUUUCUAAGGUGCGUGUGCGUAUUGAGAGUGUGAGCGAGAGCGGUAGAGAGAACGGCACGCGUGUGUUUUUGUGUAUGUGUUAGUUGCAGUUGUUGCGCCUUCACGACAACGCGAACAAUUUAAGCAAUUAAAUAUAAUAAAAACAUCUGUAAACGCGCGCGUGUUUAUUUAAUUUGUAUUUUGAUUAUUGGGUUCAACAACCAUAAAAGCAUUUCCCUAUGAUUGGCUCAUUCUGGAAUCUGUGCAGAGCGUGCCCAUCAAUGCCGGUUGACAAGCUCCAUUCGGAGUAUAGGAGCACUUAUCGUUGGCAUGAAUUUACGGGCAAUUCGCGGCCAGAGGUUGUGCGUCGGGCGCCAGCGCCAAAUCCAAGUCAAUUUGUUGGUCCAACAAAUGAGCCGCCAUUGCCACGUCGAAAAAAAUGCCCUGAAUUAGCAUAUAAAUCGCACGAGUUUAUAAUAGGAUCCGAAUAUACAGAUGCACGUCGAGAUGCCAGUGCGCACCGUGCGGCGAGGUCGGAGGAGCGCGGCACACCUUCGCGCCGCAGCAAAUCGGAAGGACCACCCGUUGUGCCCAAAGGACGCCCUUAUCCCAUUGCAACGGAGAUCGAUGGAACUACUAGUAAACAGGCGGGUGAGUCAAAUGGCUUAUUGAAAAAGACCAUCACAAAAUUGAGCACUGAGUAUCGCCUGCAAUUCGUUUGGCCCAAUGACCGACGCAUUAAGGGCAACGAUUCAAACGUAGCGACGACGGCGAGAGCCGCGGCCGGCGAUUACCCAAGAAAGUCAAUAUCAUUGGGGGCGAUCCGAACGGGUCAACAGCCGGGCCAGCCGACGCACAGUCACACACAUCAAUAUCAAACGAUAGGUGCCGGCUUGCCAACGGUGCAUAAAAAACGUACAACAAAUCAGAAAGAAGGUGCGACAGCAAUAUGUCGUCGCUAA